AUGCACUCCAGCACCCAAGCCGCUCCGGACCCCGAAGCUCAGCGGCCGCUCGCGCUCUCGGGCCGCUCCUGCCACCCGCUGCCCUGGGCCCUGAGCGCCGCGCUGCUGCUGCUCGCCGCCGCCUGCGCCGCCUGCCUGGUGCGCGCCUGGGCCGCGCCCGGGGCUCCUGCAUCGCAGGUCCCCGGCUCCGCGCGCAGCCCGAGACUCCCGGAGGGCCUGGAGCUGACGCCCGACGCCCGCACCCGCCUCCCCGACUCUCCGCAGGCCGAGGGUGGAGGGACCCCCAUCGUCCCUCUUGGACCUCCGAGGGCACCGCUUCUUUAUCCAGGACUUCGGGGGGCACCCUUCUCGUCCCGCACCCCCGGCGUGUUCGCGCAGCUGGUGGUGGCCGACGUGCAGCUGACCGAAGGGCCCCUGCACUGGUGCAGCGAGCAGGGGAUGACAGGUGUGACCCUGGCACCCGGUGUGAGCUAUGACAAGCACACACACGAGGUGGUGGUGGUCCAGGCCGGAGUCUACUAUGUUUUCUUGCACUUGGCGCUGAAGCGUGCAAUGGCCAGCAACGGCAACAGCUCCGGCUCCGUCUCUGUGGCCCUGAACCUGCGGCCUCUCCAAGCUGGGGCCGCUGCUCUGGCCCUGACCUUGGACCUGCCACCCCCAUCCUCGGGGAACUCAGCGGCUGGUUUCCGGAGCGGCCUGCUGCACCUGGAUGCCGGACAGCGCCUGAGCGUCCACCUGCGCCUCGCGGUCCGGGAGCCUCGCGCCUGGCAGCUCUCGGCGGACGCCACGGUCUUGGGCCUCUUCCACGUGGCCACCCAAGUCCCCACUGGACUCUCCUUGAUACAGCUGACGUGA